AUGGGCAGGCUGAUCAGGUGCUUAAGGCGCCUGUUCAGGCGCUGCCACAGGGUGGCCCCCCAGCAAAGCCCAGAGCAGCCCGUGGCACCAGUUCUGCGGUUCCACAUCCCUUCCCCAGGGGACAUCUUGAGGCCCUUGGAGCACUUCAGGGAUCGCCCCCUGACCCUGGCCCUUGCCUUGGAGGCCCUCCUCCAGCUAACUACCAUGAGGCCCAAAUUCAGCUGCGAUAUGAUCAGUGCGAUCCUCCAUAGGACCAUGGAGGCAGUUCUUCAGGGCCCAGAAAAGGAGGAGGAAAGAGAGGAGCUGAAGCGCCACUUCCGUCUCCUCCUUGGAAGUCUCCUUAUGGAAGCCCCCAAUCCGGGCACCCUCCUGCAACUUUUAAGUGACCUGCGAGGAUACGCCCUGGGGGAAAGUGGGGAGGCUCAAAAACUAGCGGCCAGCAGCAUAUCGUUGCUGCUGGCCGUUGCCCGGAAAUUUCCUCGCCUCCGAAUGACGGUAGUUCGGCCGGACCUGGCCUGCUUCCACCUGAAGCCGGAAGGUGAGCCCCACACUAUGGAGACAGCAAACUACCUUGUCUCUUAUUUGCCCAAGACCCACUUCUGA